CCCGCUUUUUCUCGCCCACAUUUCAGAUUUUGCGGGAACCUCCCAGUGAAAGUCAACCUGCGAUGGAGAAGAAGGACAAUGCCUUCCUCGAGUGGUUAGAGUUACUUACGGGAAUUCAACGCCCUUUACCACCCCUCAAACCGGCUGAGAACUGUACCGAGUGUAGUAAGACUUGCGACAUCUCACCUUUUCUAUUGAAUACCUACAUGAUUACAAGCUGUACCAAAAUAAUUUUCUUCGCAGAGUGUGGUCGCACUAACCAGAUCAAGAGAAUUGUCGGUGGAAUGGAGACGCGCGUCAACCAGUUUCCGUGGAUGGCCAUCCUUAAGUAUGGGGACUCGUUCUACUGCGGCGGGUCGUUGAUAACUGAUCGACACGUCAUGACGGCCGCGCACUGUGUUACCGGAUUUAACCCGAGGCGGAUCAGCGUUACCCUUCUGGACCACGAUCGCUCGACGGAUUCGGAAUCGGAAACCAUUACUGCCAGAGUGGAGCGUGUCAUCAGGCACCCAGCGUACAAUCCAGGCAAUUACGACAACGAUGUCGCAAUCCUGAAACUGGAUAAGGUGCUUGAAAUGAACGAUAGAUUGCGUCCGGUGUGUCAACCCACAUCCGGAGAAUCGUUUGCCGGGGAAAAUGGAACCGUAACCGGAUGGGGUACGACCUCGCAAGGGGGUGACGUGUCCAACACGCUGCAGGAAGUGAUCGUACCGAUUCUGUCCAACGAAGAUUGUCGCAAAUCGGCGUACGGAGAGCGACGUAUCACUGACAACAUGCUGUGCGCCGGUUAUCCCGAGGGUAUGAAGGACUCUUGCCAGGGUGACAGCGGAGGUCCGCUGCAUGUGACGACGGACAGCGAAAUGGAGUCCGCCGAGAGUAUCUACCAGAUCGCGGGCGUUGUUUCCUGGGGAGAGGGUUGUGCCAAGCCGAACUAUCCCGGAGUGUACAGCAGAGUAAAUCGGUUCGAGGCGUUCAUCUCGAACAGUACUAUUGAUGGGUGCUACUGUACUCAGUAAACUCAUCAUACACAUGCAAAAUUAUUUAUUUAUCACAAAAUACAUUCCAAAUAUACAUGA